CUAGGGAAAAACUUUGAAGUUCAGCGUAAAACCACAUUUACUCGCCUUUCAAGGCUUCCAUUUCUUAUUCUAGUAUACCGUAAAAAGAAAGAAAAUGAAAGCAAUCUGUAUCUAUUUCCCGGCUUUCUUUAUUCGAUUCUGUCUCUUCCUUUUGCACCUAAACUGAUUUUUCCUUCCGGAAAGUGAUGUUUUAUUACUUUCACUUUGGUUCGGGCGGUUCGUUUAGUAAGGAGGUGUACAGAAAGAUUAAUCACAUUAACGGCUGAUUUUACUCACCCAGUUGUCGUUUGCAGUUGAGUUACAUUGGAUACAACACGAAGAUGGCAGACCAGACUCUGCGGGGGCUGCGCACCGGGCUGGUGGAGAGUUUAAACAAGGCGGUGGUGACUGACUUGCUGGAUGACCUGCAGGAGAGGAAGAUCUUUAACACAGGGGAGGUAGAGGAGGUGCAGGAGGGCCAGCGCACCACCAAGGAGAAAGCACGCAGCCUCCUGGACAUGGUGCUGAGGAAGGGACCCAGGGCCUGUGAGGGCUUCAUUGAGUGUCUGAGACAGAGGGACCAGGAGCUCUGCAGCAAACUGCAGCUGUGACACUGCAGGUGUAAGAAUGGAAAUAAGACCCUCGCCUUUCAGUCAAAGGAAGUGCCCCCAGUGGUAUUCCUCUCUGGAAACUGAUCUCUCAGGAACUUCAUAGCCACACUGUGCUUCAUCUGGUCCUCUCAGGAACCUCAUAGCCACACUGUGCUUCAUCUGGUCCUCUCAGGAACCUCAUAGCCACACUGUUUCAUAUUGUCAAAAGUAUGUUCCAUUGUAAUGUGCAGCUUUUCAUUCACACCUAAUUUUUAAUAAAGUCUUAAAUGUA